GCUUUUCAUUACCAUUUAUUAAAAUUUAUUAAUUUAUUCUAAUAAUUGCAAUUAUUGCGCUCAUAUCUUGAUGAUGUUAUAAAAUAUAAAUUGAGUAAACUGGAAAUUUUCUUUUGACAAUUGACUUUGGAAAACAUUGAUACUCAUAUUUGAUAAAAAUACGUAAAAAAACAGGAAAAUUAGCUUAUGGAAACUUUCUUUUUUCUCUGUUAUGUGUCCGAUUCUUAAUUCACAGAACCCUAACCCCCUAGUAUAAAUAUCACAUAGCAACGUCCUUAAAACUUAAAAAGGCAAGCAAUAAUCAUAGUGCAAAGAGAGUAAAAAAAGUGGGGAAGGAGAUAAUGGCCACCACUACAAGUGAGCUCGCCUGCACCUAUGCCGCUCUAAUCCUCCACGAUGAUGGAAUUGAGAUCACCGCUGAGAAGAUAUCAAAGCUGGUGAAAGCAGCCAACGUCAAUGUUGAAUCAUACUGGCCUAGUCUCUUUGCAAAGCUAUGUCAGAAGAAGAAUAUUGAUGAUCUCAUCAUGAAUGUUGGAGCCAGUGGUGGUGCGGCUGCUCCGGUUGCAACCAACGACGUUCCUGCAGCUACUCAAGCAGUCCCAGCAGCUGAAGAUAUAAAGAAGAAGAAGGAGGACGUGAAGGAAGAGAGUGAAGAUGACAUGGUAUUCGGAUUGUUUGACUAGAAGACCUUCUUCUUCUUAUUUCUAUUGUGUUUAUCUUGUUUGCUCAUUGAAAAGC